GUGCGCGGUAGAAGCGGAGCGGACGAGGAGUCCCCCACUUCCAAAAUAAGUUGGCGAGUUGACGAGUUGCCGCGAGUUGGGAUCAUUUUUUUGGGGGGGGUGCGCUAUUUUUCGCAGAUUUAGCGCGAGUUUUUGCAAACUUCCGGAGUUUUUGCGAGUUUGACGCGAGUUUAUCGCGAGUUGGCUAGUGGUGGGGGAGCCGUCGGGAGGGGAGCUGUAACUUCUCCAGCCGCCGCGGCGCUACCCCGUGCCGCGGCGACACUCCCUGCGGCGGAGCUACCCCGGGCUGACCCUCUGUGCACUGCAGCUCCGCCCGCGAUCACCAGCCUGGCCAUGGAGUGCGACACCUGCACCGAGCACCUGGACAACACCGAGCGGCUGCCCGACAGCAGGUGCCCGUCGUGCCACCAGGAUCGAAGCGGAGCACGGGACCCACCACCUGCAGCUGCUCCGGCACCACCUGCAGCUCCCAAUGACGGCCGAGACCCCCAACCAGCUGCCGAUGCGCAGGCGCGGCCCCCGCGCGAGAUGGAAAUGACGUGGUACAUCGGCAACAGUCCCGACGACGAGCAGCAACGGAAGGCCGCCGCCCUGCGGGACGCGCCAGGGGUGAGGCGGCUGGUUGGAGUGCGGUGUGACAGGGACCCCGCCUGGAGCCUCCAGCUGCUGCAGCGCGCCGCGCCCUCGGUGGAGCAGCUGAGUGUGUACGGCCCCCGCGAGGCCCACCUGCGCGCGGUGCACGCCAUGCCGCGGCUAACGAGGCUGCUCCUGUCGUGUCAUGAUGCUGCCCUGGCCGCCCAGCCCCCCGAGCUGCCCGCGCUGCCGACGGGACACAGCCGCCUGCAGUGGCUCAGGGUGUGGGACUUCCCCCGCGCCGGCGCCACACUGCUGCAGUCCCUGCUGCGGGCGCACGGCCACUCGCUCGAGUUCCUGCAGCUGCAGGUGGGCACGGCGGGCGACAAGGAGUGGCCAGAGAGCUGCGGGGACCUGCACUCGCUGCUCGAGCCGUGCGGCCUGCGCGCGCUGCGGAGGCUCGUGCUGCAGAGGGGCGCAAGAAGGUUCACUCACGGGCCGGCCCCGUGCGGCCAGCAGCGCGCCCAGGUGCGGCGGGUGCUGCCCGGGGCCGAGGUGCUAUGCAUCGAGUGUGACGACGUGGAAUGGGACGACUUGUAGGGGCGGCGAGCUGCGAGUAGCGGGCGCGCCACCGCCGCCCCGGGACCCCGCGUGGUAGAGAGGACUCUGGGCACAACAACCUCCCAAGAUUGAAACUAAAGACGAGUUCUAGUCGUACAAUUAUUAUAAUUUUAUAUUAUCGAAGGAGAUUUCAAGUAAAAUACGUGCCUUCUA